AUGGCCUCAGAGACUGCAGAGCCUCCACCGAUCACGAUCUCCGAGGGAUACACCCUGCAUACAGAAAAUGCCUACUACAUCCUCUUGCCGCCAGACAACCAAGCAUUCCUGAAACCCGUCGAGGAGUUCAACCAUGACCUGAGCAUGGCAUGCAUCCGUACCUGGAGUGAGCUGCUGAAUGAGGAGAAGCAGGCAAAGUGGCAGCAGUCUCAGGAAAGGCAAGCUAAGAAGAAGGAGAAUGGGUGCGGACCAAAGCCCAAGCAGGUGAAGAAAAGAGGUGUGAAAUGUCCUAUGCAUCACCCAUGCAGGAGCGUGAUUCUGGAGGCUCUCUCUGCGACAGGUCUGCAUUCAAUUCAUUACGCGAAGGAAAUAUGUCAUCGUGAAUCGCGAAUCACGAAUGAUUAUUCCCCUGCCACUAUCAACGGACUCGCAGAUAACACCGAAACAAUUGAAGCAGGCUCGUCAGAGACUCCAAAACGUCAGGGCAGCAAGCCGGUGCCACCAAAAGUUAGACAUCAUCCAAGUGCAUUGAUGUACGAUUACCGGACAGAACGAGCGUGUGUCGAUGUUGUAGACCUGGAUCCGUAUGGGGCAGCUGCACCGUUCAUCGACGCUGUAGUACAAUGCAUGAAUGAUGGAGGUCUCGUGUGCGUGACAUGUAUGAACCUUUCAGUGCUAGCAACAUUGAACUAUCUUGAAAAAUGGUGCGCACUCCUCUGCGCCUCUUCAUCCUCUGGUGCCCUUCGCCUCGUACUGCACACAAUAUUAACAUCCAUUGCCAGGUACGGUCGAUACAUCCAGCCACUCCUGUCCCUCUCAAUUGACUUCUAUGUCCAUCUGUUUGUCCGCAUAUAUACAUCAGCGAAUGAGGUCACAAAGGCUUUCAGCGGAAACAUCAACUACCACUUCAAGGCACAUGCUGGACUGACAGUCACUGGACCGAUGUGGUCGGGGUCAAUUCAUGACCCUGCUUUUAUCUCGAAAGUAUUGGAACACAUCGAAGCUAGCAAUGAUAAGUAUGGCACUUCGGCACGCAUGAAAGGUAUGCUGACUGUCGCAAAGGAGGAACUGAAUACGCCAUUCUACUUCAUGCCUGCGAAAAUAGCUGGCACCUUCCACUGCAUAUGCCCAGCGCUGGAUGAGGUAGCCUUGGCACUGCUUCAUGCGGGACACCAGAUCUCCAGAUCGCACAUCAGUGCUGGCUCACUGAAGACCACUGCCACGCGCGCGGACGUCCACGAUGUGUUUUGUUACAGUUAA